CACAGCUGUCCCAUCCUCGCCUUCCUUUUCCACCUCGUGACCAAGAUUUUUAGAUUCCAAUACGUUCCAAAAAGGGUCCCAGAUUUUCCUUACACAUGAAACCACCACCACUGCAAAACUACCAUUUGCCGCAUGUGGAAGAAUGGCGUGCAAGUGAGAUACGCACAGGUGGUGGUGCUCCUGACGUCUGUUCUUUGCUUCCCUCGCUCUCUCCAGUCCAGUCCAGGCAGGCAAUGUGGGGGUGGGUGGUGGUGUGAUGUGUGGGGUUUUUCCACAUCGAAACUCGUCUGGGUUCCGCGUGCAGGCAGCAUCCAGGGUUGUUACCCGUCCGUGGUGGGGGGGCUUGUCACAUCGGCCGCCGCCACCACCAGAGGAGUGGGGAGUAGGUACAGCACAGCGCUCCUUUCCUUGUCACAAAGACAUUGUUGCCUGGUGGGCAUGUCGCGCAUCGCAAGGCAAGACACGAAAGACUUCGGGCCAUGUUUUGAGGGGGUAUCGCUUGGUGUGCAUUCUCUAUCUGCUAGACAAUUCUGCCAAAUCCUCAAAAAAAGAAAAAAAAUGAGAAAAAAUGAUGUCAAACAUGACGAGAGACCCGGUACCCUUUUCCAAGAAGUCCUGCUUUCCAUCCAAAAUACAAGGUAUAAGUUGACCCAAGCCAAUAACCAAUAGUGAUACCGCCCGUGCGCUAAAUGCUCAAUAGUCUAAAAAGUACAAACGUGCU